AUGCCUUUGCCAACCGCUUCAAGGCCGAACGGAAGCUGCACAAAAAUUCCUGACCAUACGCCACUGCCAGUGGAGACACCCCCGAGCGAUGCGAAGCGCGGUAUAUGCCGGCUGCACUUCCUUGAGAGCGAAGAGCAAGACUCAUUAGACUUCCUCAAGUACAGGAUUGCGAUUCAGUUCGAACGUUUUACCGCUGUUAGAUCAUGUCCGCUGUGCGAUACCGAACUCGUCCAUUACGGCAUGAUCGCCCGCAUCGAACAUCUUCUGGCUCAGGCUUGCAAGGCCCAGGGCAAUGUAACCGCCUUGAGAAAACGCUAUGAUUACGCGUACGAACCGUUUGAGCGACUUGAAGAGCUAGAAGAAGACGUAGCUGGCGUCAUGGAAGAUUUCAGGAACGAAACGAACAACUCAUCCCAGCCGACUAAGGAUUCCUUGUUCACCCAACUGCACAAAGUGCUCAACAAGAACAAGAUCUGGGGCAGAGACUUGGACUACCUUGAACAACUCCUUCUGGACGGUCACAGUAUUCCUGAAGCCAUACAGAUAUGGUAUACGUUUAAGCUCGACUGGGCUCAAGAAGACUUCGCGGCCCAAAGUAUGAUGCUAGGCAAGCAACUCGAUCCCCUUGUCGAUCAGCUACACGAACUUGAGUACGCCCUCCAGCAUCUAUUUGCAGAUCUUCACGAAUUCGACGGAUUUCUAGACCUGGAGAUUGCUUUGGAAGUACAAAACGUGUUUGGAGCCACUGCUCUAUCGGACGAAGUCUUCGAAGAGCCGGAGGAAUGGAGUCGUUGGCAAGAUAACACAGGGCUGAAGAUUGAAAACGCCGAGAUACAAUCUGAUUGGUUGCACAGAACCAUUGGUCGGUUUCAACGCGGGCUGAGCAGUCCUGAAGUAUCGGGUCGUGUAGAGCAGGAAGAAGACACGGCCGACGUGUAUACUGCGGUCACGAAUGCGAUGGAGGAGGGUUAUGAUUUGGCGGAAGUGUGGGGAUUUGCAGACAGCGAAGGCGUAACGGAUAGUGACUAUGGGGAUGAAGACGCGAUGGAUUUUGAUGUGCUAGAUUCGCCUUAA